AUGUAUUUGUACUUGUUGAUUGUAUUCCUAGGAGACUCUUUUGCAAAAGACUGCCCCAAGCCCUUCUCCCUGCUGGAACGGGAGCAGAUCUGCGUCCAAGUUCAGGAGCGGCUUUUAGACAGAAAAGACAUGGAAGGAUACUGCCAAAGUAUAAAUGCCAACAGCAGACCUUACCUCAGGAAGGUGUCCGACAACAUGCUUCAAGAUUUGACGGACAUGCUUGGAUACAAAGUGGAAGUCGGGAGUGCCGCCCUCGUCUUCACAGGUAUGAGGAAAGAUUCUGGAUUCGGAUCAAAGACAUGGCAGUAUUCCGUAGGAGACGAAUCAGUAGAAGAAGAUGAUUAUCCCCUGUGGAUCAAAAAGCCGAACUUCGGUGAUGACUGUGGAGCAAUCAUGUACCAGAAAGACUUUUUAGUGGCUCCUUACUCCUGUGGAAAAAAUGCUGCUCUAAUUUGUGAGAAAGAAAAAGGAACAGAAUGCCACUCAGAUGCAAUGAGGUAUGUAAACUACUAUGGAUUGUGCCUCUCCGUCGUAGCGAAAGAAGACUCCUACGACUUAAUGACUAAGUUUUGCAUGGACGGACAUGCCUUCCCAUACAAGAACGACAAGCAAACCGACAGUGUAGCAGCGGCAAUACUUAAUAUGCAACUUGAUGGCGGCAUAUACACGGGUCUGAAGAGGGAACCAAACGGAAGGUGGAUUUACGAAGAAGAUGGAUUGGAGGAACACCGGUGGGAUGCACAUGUGCCGCAAGAAACAGAUUGCGGUAUCAUCAGUUUUGUCAGAGGCAUGACGUUUGAUUUUUUUGCAAUGAAAUGCGAAGAUGGUAUGAGAAUAAUUUGUGAAUAUGAUGGUAAGUUCCAAAAAUCUCUUGUUUGAAAACAAAAAUCAUAUAUUU